CACUCCCUGGACGCUCAUCUCUGCCACCGGUGCCCAGAACCUUUGACCCAGGGUUGGAACCAAGAGAGUCCCAGUUUUGUCACCCUUCUUUCCCAAGCCUCUUCAACGGCGUCGACAAUGGGGCUGGUGGAGAUCUUCGCCCUGGCCCGGGUGCCCUCCAUCCUGCUGCUGGGGGCCGUGUACGGGGCGUACGUGUUAACGGGCGGGGUGGUCUUCUGGAAGCUAGAGGGGAACCUUGGCAGGGAGGACAUCAGCGCUAUAUUGGCACGGAAACAGCAGGUGCUCAAGACGUACCAGUGUCUGAACUCGGACGGCAUGGACGCGGUGAUUGCGGUACUACAAGAUGCUUCUAAGGCUGGCCUGAGUAUUAAAGGCAACCAGACCUCUGACGGCUUUUGGAAAUUCACCAGCUCAGCGGUCUUUGCUGCCACAGUUGUUACUACUAUAGGCUACGGCAACAUCAGCCCCAAAACGACCGUCGGUCAGAUCUUCUGUGUUUUCUUCGCUCUGUUCGGGAUCCCCCUAAACAUUGUGGUCCUCAACAGGGUGGGCAAGUACAUGCUGACCAUAGAGAGGAACAUCUGUGACUUCCUGCAGGGAAAGACCACGCAUCCGAGGUGUUCUCGCUUCUUGGUCCACCUGGUGUCCUACCUGUGCGGGGUGGUGCUGUUCUUCGUGGUGCCCAUGGUCGUGUUCAAGGGCCACGAGGGCUGGAGCUACUCCCAGGCCAUCUACUACUGCUUCAUCACCCUCAGCACCAUCGGGUUCGGGGACUACGUCGCAGACAGUAACCCGGAGCAGGCGUACCCCGAGUGGUACAGCUUCAUCAUGGCCUCCUGGAUCUUCUUCGGCCUGGCCUGGCUGGCGCUGGUCAUCAACCACACCAUCGACAUCCUUGAGCGGCUCCACGGCUUCCUCAACGGCUGGUGGCGCCGACGCAGCGGCGUGGAGGAGACGGACCCCCCCGACAACGAGAACCCCGACACGCAGGUGGAGCAGGAGGAGGCGGAGCCUGUGAAGAUGCAGAAGUUAGAUGACUGA